GAUGUGCCAUCUGCUCGGUCAACACGCUCCUUGACACCAGAGGAGAAAGAGGCCGAGAAGGUCCGUUUGCAGGGCUUGGUCAACAACUUCGCAAAAAAGGCAGUGCGAGGUUGUCCUUGUGUGUACUUCAAAGAAGGCACGGCAACGCGAUUUGAAACACAGUAUCGCAUAGACAAGAGUCUGGAGUACCUCAUCUUGGUGAAUCCGCAGGAGCCAGGAGUCACCGAAGUCACCUGCCCGAUAGCAGCCAUACAGGACAUCUACUCUACGGCGGAAGAUGGCGCGAGCUGUUUUCCGCCGGAAGUCGUUUCUGCUCUUGGAGCAGAGGACAGAGAACGGUUACUGAUGAUCGUGUUUAGCGACGCUGAUGGGAAGCUGUUCAGGUUCUGCUUGGUGGAAGAGUCAAGCGAGAGUCGCGACACCUUCCUCGAGUGCAUGAGGCAGUCUUCGUUUCUCAGAGGAGAGUGGUGGGAUUUGACCAACAAGGCCCAAAGUGCAUCAGGGCUGGUCAAGACUUUAGCAUCCUUGCAAAGGCAUCUUCACAAGCAGGUGCAUGUUGAUGGAUCGGAUGGUCCAAGAUCCGAGCUUGCAUCCAGUCUUCCGCUCCUACCAGAGGAUGCAACGCAUACACCUUCAAACUUCGUCGAAUACAAGAGGCAUUCCCCGAAAGUCACCCUCGUGCUUUGGGUGGUGGUCUUGACUCCAGUCUGGCUCCUGGUGGGCUGGUGCCUGCUGCGCCUGGACGUCAAAGGGCGAUGA